AUGAGAGUCGAUCUUUUGACUAGUUCGUUCGCGAGCUACACAGCUCUAGUAAUUCACACACUAUCCGAUCCAAUUGAAGGAUUUACUGAUAAUUUUAAUGGACCAAAUGGAUUAAUUACCGCUGUAGGAACAGACAACAUGACAAUUGCUGAUUUUUAUAAAGGAAAGAAUGUAUUCAUUACCGGAGGAACAGGAUUUUUGGGACAGGCCUUGAUAGAGAAACUUUUAAGAUCAUGUCCAGACGUAGGAACAAUAUAUUUGUUGCUAAGAUCUAAAAAGAACGACACAGCUCGCCAAAGGAUUGAAAAACUUAAAAACUUACCAGUAAGACUGAGCGAAUCGGAUCGAAAACUGUUGAUAGACAACGUAAAUAUUAUAUACCACUCAGCCGCAUCAGUACGUUUUGAUGACUUUCUAAAAGACGCAAUUCUUUUAAACGUGAGAGGAACAAGAGAAGUCGCAAAGUUGGCGCUUGAAUUAAAAAAUAUCUCAGUGCUGGUCCAUAUAUCAACAACGUACUGUAACUGCGACCGAUUUCUAAUUGAAGAGAAACUGUAUCCUUCUCAUGGUAACUGGGAAGAAGCUAUUAGAUUAGCUGAAGAAUGCGAUGAGCAAAUUUUAAAAGUUCUAUCAGAAAAAUACAUAAGUCCAAUGCCCAACACAUAUACGUACGCCAAACAGUUGGGUGAACAAGUAAUAAACGAUAUGUGUAAUAAAAAAAUUCCUACUAUGAUAGUACGUCCAUCUAUUGGUGAGUAUAUUUCAUAG